CUUAAUGACGUCAUGUUCAUCCACUGGGAACAGCCUGUACUUGACAAAUGUUUUCACGUACUUGUUAUAAUUAAGGUCGCACUAUGAACAAAAUUCAUUAGUUAAGUUUCCGAAUUAUCAAAUUUUAUCAUAAUGGCGUUGUCCUUUAUGAUAAUAUUUUUUGUCAUAAUAUUCACGUUAUUCACCUUUUUCAUUUGCUGUUAUGGUUCAGAAGAAGAGAAAAGGAGGAAUAGAUAUUAUCAGCCCAGUUAUCCAAGAAAUUCUUUCGAAAAUGUUAGUGUUCCGCCUUUUAAUCCUACUAGCUACAGAAAUCCGAAUCCUACCAACAUAGGAUUCAAUGUGACUACUACUGAUGGGCCUUCUAGAAUAAUCCCUCCGGUUGGAGUGAUCCCAAGUGCUCCUAAUACAUUUCCAUCGCCUUACCCUCCAGAAAAUGUAACUCCCUACCCUCCAGUUCAAGCACCUUACCCUAUUACAGAUUCUCAAACCUUUCCUCAACCUCAGACUACCACAUCAAGACCUUCAGCACCAGUAGAAGAUAAUUCUCAACCUCCGUCAUAUUAUGAAGCAACACAACACAAAUAUUGAACUACAUAGUUAUGAGAAGAUGAUGUGAUAUCAACAUAGUGUUUUCCUCAGGAUAAGUCGUCAACAAAAGGCCACAUGCAGAUACUUUGACGAUGGACAGUACUUUUGAAAUGUGGUCCUCACUAUGCAACUAACAUAAUGGAGCUUUGAUAACUAUAUAUUUUUGUAAGUUUUACAUGUUUUUUACCACUUAAGAGCAUAAAAUUGAUAUUUUAUCACUAAAGUAUGUCAUAUUACUUUAUUUGUUUUUAUAUAAAUCUCACUAGAAGAAGAUUUCAAUACAUGAUGCUUGAAAUUUU